AUGGUGGUGGAGGAGGACCGGGCGCUGCUCGCCGCCAGGCAGGGCGACGUGCAGACUCUCAAAGUGCAGUUAGCGGCAAAAGUGCUGAGCGGCGAUGUGAAGGAUGUACUGGGGGCUUCACCGGUCCACCACGCAGCCCGGGCCGGAAAACUGAUCUGCCUGCGGUUCCUGGUGGAGGAGGCAGGACUGCCGGGCAACUGCCUGGCCAACAACGGGGCGAGCCCGGCGCAUGACGCAGCAGCCACGGGCAACCUGGCCUGCUUACAGUGGCUGCUGACCCAGGGUGGAUGUCGGCCAGAGGACAAGGACAGCUCUGGUGCCACUGUUCUCCAUCUUGCGUCCCGCUUCAGUCACAACGAGAUCACAGAUUGGCUGCUGAAGAGUUGUGAGGUGGACCCCGGGGCGUCCACCGACACGGGCGCCAUACCUGUUCACUAUGCUGCUGCCAAGGGAGACCUGCCGUCUCUUCGACUGUUACUGGGGCACAGCCCAAAUGUUGUCAACUCCAAAACUAAGAAUGGUGCCACGCCGCUCUACCUGGCCUGCCAGGAGGGUCAUCUUGAGGUUGUCCAAUACCUGGUGAAGGAUUGUGGAGCCGAUCCAAGCAUCAGAGCCAAUGAUGGGAUGACACCACUGCAUGCUGCUGCCCAGAUGGGCCACAACACAGUCAUCGUCUGGCUGAUGAGUUUCACAGAGAUCAGCCUGACGGGCAAGGAUAGCGACGGGGCCACGGCCAUGCACUUUGCAGCCAGUCGUGGUCAUGCAAAGGUGCUCAGCUGGCUGCUGCUGCAUGGAGGAGAUAUAGUCACUGACACCUGGGGAGGGACCCCCCUUCAUGAUGCGGCAGAGAACGGCGAACUGGAGUGCUGUCAGAUCCUUGUGGUGAACGGUGUGGACCUGGGCAUCAGGGACCAGGACGGCUUCACAGCAGCGGACCUGGCCGAGUAUAACGGCCACUCCCAGUGUGCCAAGUAUCUGCGCACUGUGGAGAACAUGAGCGUUGAGCACCGUGUUUUGUCCCGGGACCCCUCAACCGACCUGGAGUACAAGCAGCCCGACUCGGGCCUCUCGUCCCCGAACACAACUAUGCCCCCUGCCAGCCAGGUGGCACACUUUGACAUCAGUUCACCAUCCAGCUCCCUGUCCAACUACGACUCAGCCAGCUCCAGCCAGUCUACAGUAAACAUGCCAACGAGGCCAUGUCUUUUCACAGGUGCAUCAGAGUCGGCCAUUUCAGACAUGCAGGCAUACAUGGACAUGCUAAACCCAGACAUUGGCUCUGACGUGCUAAAAAAGGUGGACAUACCGGCCGAUGCCACCACAAAGGCCCCGCCACCACCGACCUAUCCACCCCCACCUCCCCCACUGUCUCCACCGCUGCCACCUCCGCCUCCGGGCUACCCAGCACCCCAGCCCCCUCAGGAGCCGACAUCAGCAGAGUUCCUGAAGGUGAAGAGCAACCUGCGGCAUGUGGAGAGUAAUGCCAACAAGAAGGAGCUCACCAUUGGAGAGAACCACGAGAAACUGCGGCGUGUGGAUUCAAACAGGAAAUCAAGGAGCUUCAGCAAACAGCCCAGUACUGGGGACUACUAUAAGACCCUGGGCAGUGACACGGCAGAGCCCCGGGGGAGCAAAAGCAUGGCACCCAAUGAAGAGGGCUCUGUGUUAUUGGAGGAGCCAAACGACAGUCCCGCCCACAGCUCUGAGAAUGGCACCACGGAGGAAUCGGUCCCGCCCCCGCCUCCACCACCUCCACCGCCUCUUCCCCCAAGCAACCCAACGCCAACCCCCCCUCCACCUCCUCCACUGCCCCCAGAGAUGCCAACCACCCACAAUAACGCCAGUUCCACCUUCACCAACCAGCGACGCCCAUCCUCCUCAUCAGGAAGUACAAAAUCUUUCAACAUGAUGUCCCCCACUGGCGACAACUCGGAGCUGCUGGCAGAGAUCAAAGCAGGAAAGAGCCUGAAGCCCACACCUCACAGUAAAGGCUACACCACUGUGUUCUCCAACAGUGGACCCACGGGCAACAAUGGUAAUGCUACAUCUCCACCAGAGACACGCAAAUCUAGCCCACCAGCCAAACCAUCAUCUCCACCACUAUCCAAUACGCCUGUCACUUCCCCACCCACCACCCCAAGUCCCAGCCCUAGUCCUACAGGCUCUGGAUCUGGCAGAACCAUAUCGACCUCUGUGAGCUACGAGCAACUGCCCUCUAACUCUGUGAUCAAUGGGAACAGUGGCGGUGGUGGUGGCACUGCAGGAGCAGAGUCGGGACGGAAGACCAGCCUUGCUGACGUGGAGGCGCUAGUGCCUACUCAUGAUGAACAGGGAAAAGCAAUACCUGAAUGGAAGAGGCAGGUGAUGGUGCGGAAGCUUCAGGUCAAGAUGCAAGAGGAGGACGAGCACAAGCGCAAGGCAGAGGAGGAGGCAGCACGCCUGGCCUCGAUGCCAGCCUGGAGGAGAGACAUGAUGAAGAAGAAAUUGGACGAAGAGAAGGAACAAAAAAGAAAAGCAGAUGAGAAGGCCAAACAGGCCAAGGCGAUGGAGGAGAAGACGGAGCUGGAGCGGCUGCGGACCCUCGGCUACGACGAGACCAAGCUGGCCCCCUGGCAGCGGCAGAUUAUCUUAAAGAAAGGGGAUACAGCCAAACAGUGAACUGGGUCAUCUCCCCCUCCUCUGCCCUGCAGAACCUCCCCACCCUCACACGCUCACCCCAAGGCCUUCACUGAAUGCCUCCCCUUCUUUAAGCCUCCCCCUGCACCCUGUACUAGACAGAGGAGGAGAGUCCGUCUCUUCUGAACCUCCAGACACACAGGGAACCGUGUUGUGGCUGCUGCUUUCCACUGGGCCGCCGAGGCUCAGCCCUGAUGAAACAUAGCAGCGUAAUCCUCCACCUCCCACUGAAUGUCACCUAAACACAAACUGUCGGCAGAGAUUCUCCUGCCUCAAAUAAUGAUUAUCUCUAGUAUCUUUCCAUUGGAUAUUUUUCUGCAAAUCAAUAUAAGCUAUUCUACAUACAGUAGGAGAUUUAAGAGGUGUGUGAUAGAUUGACAAGGUCAUUUUGCCAUGGGGGGAAAAAGCCUGUUAUUGCAUUCAUAUUUUCCCUCUAUUAUCCCCACUCACUGUUAAGAAAAGCUUUGACAGGUACUGUAGCUUCAUAACAGAAUGGAUGGACAUACUCAGCAAAGGCUUAGAUCACCGCAGAGCAGCUAAUGCAUUAUGUAUGUAGACAGAAUCACAUCUUUAUCAUGUUAUACACUUAGUCAUUAGAUAUUUUUUUAUCAAACUUGUAGAAGCACUUUCUAAUUGGCUUUGUUUUACUGCCACAGUCAUAAUCUUACGAUCCUAACACAGCUCAAACUAAUCGGUUUCUUUAGAACAGCUUCUCUGUGGAUUUGGAAUAUUGAUAUUUGUAUAUCCUAUUUGAAAGAAUGAAAGAAAAAAAGAUUAAGUAACUGCAAAUCAAAUUUUAUUAAUUGUCACUCAGAAAAAAAGCUGCAAUGUUUCGAUUUCAUUUUUCUAUAUGUGACCUAAAUGUUAAGCUAUUGUGAUUAUGAAUGUGAAAUGUUGUGUGCAUGUGUUGCAGAAUGUGUAUCGAGCAUGUUGUGAUGUACUAUUAAGCCCAUUCGACCCCACGGCCCUGGAUUUUCAAAGAAACAACAAAGACACAUAAAUGUGUGAAUACUAUCCUGAUGGUUUCUAUUUGAAUAAGGACUUUUCCAAAUAAAAUUUUAAAAUACAUGCAUAUGUGACCAGACAGUAGACGUGUCUGUGCAAAAACUGAAUAUUGCAAAAGCGGAGAAAAGGCAUCAGUUUGUCCUGUGUGCUGUUCUGCCCUCUGUCCCACUAACCUGGAGGAUAAAUCUUUGAUGAGCAGAUCUGCUUACACAGCGCUCUCUGUCUGCCAGAAACAGCAGCAACAUCAGAAUGGAACAUGUCCUUAUGUUGUGUCAGUUUCAUGUCAGUGUGUCAGUAAUAAUCUGCCGCCACUAAUGUGGAGAGUCCAGUUUCAAUACUCAACACGAAAUCUUAGGUAAAACACCUGAUCAGAAAUAUGAUACAAACUCUUUAAUUAACUCUAGACAUUUCUCGCAAAUCAUUUUACAUGACUGAUCGGACACGAAUGCCAAGUUGAUUAUCCUACAUCUUAUUUCCAUGGUCUGUACAGUUCAAGGUGUUUGAGAAAUUACAGGAUUCAUUGGUGCAAGAUUGUAUGAAAAUGUGGAAAAUCUGAGAUGAAUAUUUGUGACAGAACUGAGGAGACAUGCACAUUUUAAACGUUAGCAAAGCAUUACGCUGUGUACUGACAUUUAAAGUAAACUCACGACCAUGAGUGCGUCUUUCUGAAUACGACACAUUGAUAUUCCCACAUGAUGGAAAUUAUUCUCUAUGUUUACAAAUGUAGGUUAUGGAGCUUAUAUAUGCAUGAUCCUAGUUAGGGAAUCAUUUGGAAAUAUUCAAAUUCACUUUCAUCGGAUGCCAUAUAUGAUGUUAAAAAUGAAAAUGAUGUGAAUGUCAUCGCCAUUUUAUUAUAUACAUAUAUAUAUAUAUAAAAUCUCUGUAUAUAGUGACCCUCUCAGAACUUUGUCAUUUCAUUGUUUCCAUAAUAUUACAUGUCUCAGCCUUGCUUGAAUAGGAUGUUGGCUAAUUCAUGUGUAAUUAUAUUUUCAGACCGUUAAAAAUGAAGAAAAUAAA